AUGACCUCCGCCAUCCAGCUCUGUGGGGCCCCGACUUCCGCCGUGAAGAAACUCAGGAACAACCCCCAUCUGCCCAAACCCGCAUCCACACUUGACCCGGCUUCCUCCACCAAGCCCGUCCCCAGCACCAUGUCCUGCUCAAGACCUACUUCGACCAACCGCACUACUGCUGCUGCUGACAAAUUGCCCAGCGUGCGCACCGUGCUCAGCAAGUCUUCCAAGAUCUUCCACAAACUCUCUACGAUCAACCUCGCCGCUUCCGCCUCCAAACGCCGCUCCUCGUCCGGCGGCUCUAUGUCGAAUAACAACAAUUUGCUGGGCAGCUUGACCAACCUCCGCCCAAUGCUGCACUUACGCACCUCCACCUUGUCUGUCUUCUCUGCAACAAACACCCCCGGCCCCGGCCCUAACGGCUCGCCCGACCACCACCAGCAGCUCCAUCCCGCCCACUCCCAGUUCAUCCAUCAGCACCCGCCCGCCCACAGACCCGACUAUCUGCCCUCCAAGAAGACCCGCAACGGCGUCCCCAGGUCCGCCGACUUCCUAGCCCUCCGAUUUGUCUCGCUCUCCCACGACGACCAGAUUCUUGGCCACCACCACCAGUCCUGA